CCAGACUCAUGCUCUGCUCUCACAGACAGAUGCGGUUACCAGGCAACCACUCUUGAAACUCUUUCAGUAUGAGGCUGGAGUGGGUGGUUGCUGCUCAAUGUGACGAUGAGCUGCUCUCCCAUUGGCCACAACUCCCUGACCAGUGACACGAUUGGACGAGAGUACGUCACUCAGCAUCUGUGUGUUUCCCUCUCAGUGAUAUGCUUUGGAGGAGGAGUCUAUGCAGCAGAAUAGACAGAAUUGUACCCCUCCCUCAUUCUUUUGCACAAACAUCACUAUGCCUACGCGCCUUCCAGCUGUCCUGUGUUUACCUCUGAUAUCAGGAAAACCCAACAGGAAUGAAAUGACCGGUAGAGUCCUCCGGGUGUAGAUGCAUCCAAACCGAGGCAAGACAUUCAGUUUUUUCUUCAGCAUUUUUUGUGGAGUUUAUAUUCUGUAGAGUGUCAUCAGCCUCUUCGUGUGGACUUACCGCUCAUAAAUCCCAUGACGCUUUGCAGCAGACCUUCAUGCUAAUGGAUGAGAAAAAAUGGAUGGGUGUCAUCCAUCAAACAAACACAAACCUUCACAGACAAUUUUUGUACAAACCUACACAGCAAUGGAACUGAACGAAUAUAUCAGCAUCUGAACACAACUGUUAGCACAGCGAUGUGACUGAAGGUAAAAGAGUGUUUUUGAUUGGUAGAGCUGCAGACCUGCUCUUGGUUCCGUCCCAGAAUGCUGAGCCCAGUUCUCUGUUCAGAUCUCGCAGCUUUGGAGCCAGAGUACACAGAGGCGGAUGUCAUCUCUACGGUGGAGUUCAACCAGACUGGAGACUUCUUGGCUACGGGAGAUAAGGGUGGGAGGGUUGUCAUCUUUCAGAGAGAACCACAGGGCGAAUAUAAUGUUUAUAGUACAUUUCAGAGUCAUGAGCCUGAGUUUGAUUACCUGAAAAGUUUGGAGAUUGAGGAAAAAAUCAAUAAGAUUCGCUGGCUGCCUCCACAUAACCCUGCCCACUUCCUCCUCACAACCAAUGAUAAGACCGUAAAGCUGUGGAAGGUGAGUGAAAGAGACAAGCGAGCAGAAGGCUAUAAUCUUAGAGAUGAGAAAGGCAGACUGAAGGACCUCUCAACAAUCACCACUCUUCAGGUCCCUGUGCUGCGGCCGAUGGAUCUCUUGGUGGAGGCGUCCCCGCGGCGUGUUUUUGCUAACGCACAUGCAUAUCACAUCAACUCCAUCAGCGUCAACAGUGACUGUGAAACAUACCUGUCUGCCGACGACCUGAGAAUUAACCUGUGGCAUCUCAACAUCACUGACCGCAGCUUCAAUAUCGUGGAUUUGAAGCCAGAAAACAUGGAGAACCUCAGUGAGGUGAUCACGGUGGCUGAGUUUCACCCUCACCACUGCCACCUGCUGGCCUUCAGCAGCAGCACAGGAGCCACGCGCCUCUGUGACAUGAGAGCGCGCGCACUCUGUGACCAGCACGCCAAGCUGUUUGAAGAGGCAGUGGAUCCAUCCCGCCGAUCGUUCUUCUCAGAGAUCGUUUCCUCGGUGUCAGAUGUGAAGUUCAGUCACAGCGGUCGAUACCUGCUCACGAGAGAUUACCUCACUGUUAAAGUCUGGGACCUCAACAUGGAAAAUAAACCAGUGGAAACAUACCAGGUCCACGACUACUUGCGAACCAAAUUGUGCUCUUUGUAUGAAAGCGAUUGUAUUUUUGACAAGUUUGAAUGUGCCUGGAACGGAACGGACAGCGUGAUCAUGACAGGCGCUUACAACAACUACUUCCGAAUGUUUGACCGGGCGAGUCUGCGCGACGUGACUCUGGAGGCCAGUCGGGAGGUGUGCAAGCGGCGGGCCGUCCUGCAGCCGCGGCGGGUGUGCGUGGGCCAGAAACGAAAAGAGACAGACGUCAGCGUGGACAGUCUGGACUUCAGGAAGAAAAUCCUCCAUACCGCCUGGCAUCCCAAAGAAAACAUCAUCGCCAUCGCAGCCAGCAACAACCUCUACAUUUUUCAGGACAGACUGACGCCCAACGGACAUCACAACACGCCGGAAAUACAGAGUGCGCCUCCCAAAUAGAAGACGCAGCCAAAUCUGACGACCUUCAGUAUGGUGCAACACAUGCUAAAAAUCAGUUCAUUUCUUGCCCUUUACGAUCACAUUUCUGAUCUGGAAUCAGUGUCGCCAGCAUCAGAACAAUCUCAAGAACUAUUAUGAACAUAUAUAACCUCGAAAACUGAGUAAUACAAACUGUAACUGUGAUCCUGAAUGAGAAUGUAUCGCUCAGAUUCAGUGCUAUCGCAUGGCAUGCAGUAUGAAAACUUGAGUUAGAUAAUGUUCAGCUACUCAGACACGUGAUUUAGAUCGCACAUGCAUGUUUACAAAGCCGUCUGCUCACGAACAGGGCUUAUUUAACAAUGAUGAUUGUAAACGAAUCGGAGCCUUUACGAUGAUUUAUAAUGCUCUGCAGUGCUUGUUGAAUUAAUGUCCGUUCUUCUCAGGCUUUAGUUUUCUUUGGUUUGACAAACUGCUCAGGGACUUUCUAAGGCCUCUUCUUAUGUUCGGUGGCAAAAUGCACCAAAACGAAAUCCAGAACAAGCAGAGGACAGGAUGCGGGAAUUAUGGAGGUCUGCUGAGAGACAUUGCUGGAAGAAAAAACAGCAUGUGCAGGGAUCAGUUUCAAUGCUGAGUCAUCACUUCCCCCCACCUCAAUGUGUAAAGAACAUUCCCAAUUCAACGCUUCUGACCACGUAAUUACAGGCGCUUGCUAGCUUGUGCACUGGUUUCAUAGUGUGUUAAAGAAAUAGCUCUGCCAGAAAUGAAAAACAAUCUCCCACCCUCAUGUCGUUCCAAAUCUAUUUGAGUUUCUUCCUUAUUGUGGAACAAAAAAAAGAGAAAUUUAGCGGAAUGUUCAUGAUGCUCUUUUCCACACAAUGAAAACAUACAGUAGCUCUUCAGUAUAUAACAGUUAUUAGACAGGCAAGGAGUAAUGUAGUCUGCCGCUGAUGACGUCAAACGUUAGUCUACGAUGUAGUCAAAAAUAGAACCGUUUUUCCAUUGUGUUUUUUAAAAGUUUCAUGUAUACACAACGUUUUCAAAAUGAUUUGCGUUCACACAUAUCUGCGAAAAUGGCCAAAAGUGUUGUAUUACGUAUGCUAGGCCAGUAGUUGGCGCUGAUCACCUUGUUAGUAAACAGUUCCUGUAGGGAAGUGAUGAUUAUAUGAUGUAUAUGAUGGUUUUAAUAUUGGUGAAGUAAAUAGACACUUUGCUGAAGAAGCGUUAGCAAACUCUUGAGCAGCAACAACGCCAUUGUUGUGAAUGUUUGUUCGCACUUGCCUUUAAAAUAGAUACUUAGCAUGUCUACAUACUGAACACGUAUUACGCACGUGCAUAACGUCACCGCUUUCAAAGAAUCCCGUAUUGGGUGUUUACAUGGAAACGAUAACAGUGGCGAUUUCAAAAACGUGCACUUUGAAACCCGUUUUUAAAAUUAUGCGUUUUCAGUCUCCAAAAUGCUGUUGUUGUGUAAACAGGCAAAAUGCAUAAAAAGUAAAAAUGUUGUCGUGUAAACAGCCCCAAAUAUGUUAAAGUGUUAAUGAAAUUUAAAUGCUAUAGUGGAAGGAGAAAAUUUUUGCGAUGAAAUGGAAGUAGCGACGGAUGUACAUUUGAGUGAAACGGAUUAUUGAACAACCAAUCAAAUUACAGGGAGGGACUUGGUUCUGUGCACUUGAAUGGAGGCAGAUCUGAAAGAGAUCUUGUAGUUGGUUGUAAAAAAAAAAAAGGGGGUGGGGUUUAUGCAGAUGAAGUGACUAGAGAAGUUUGGCGUAAAGUCUGCACUUUACUGUAAGAUUGAGCUAUUUUAAGAAUUAUUAGGUCUAUUUAGAACUAUUAUUCAAAUCAAAAUGACAUCAAAAAUGUAAAUUCGCCGUGAAAAUUUGACAUAUUUCCUAAAUCUGUGUUAAUAAUUGUAUUUCUCCUCACUCUACGCAACUACAAUAUUUUCUAAUGGAUCUACCUGCAAAAAAGUUAUUCAAAUUUGCUGGUAUUCAGCCUAACCAUGUCAGGUUAAUUUAGUCAAAAUAUUUUAAUUUAAUAACACAUUACUGGAGCUUGAUAACCCCAACUUCUCCUUUUGAGCAGCAUGAGGGUGAGGUUCGACAGAAAUCCUUUAAUACAAAAUCUUCACCCACUUCCCCUGUCUGAACUAUUUCCAGCAUGAUGCCUGGUUGGUAUCUUUUGAUCUGCAUAUUACAGAACUAACGUCGACAAGAGUGCGCUCACAGUGAAUGUGUUCUUAUCCUGAAAUGGGUUCAAAUACAAACGAAAACCUGAACUGAACCUGCACUAUUUCGGUUGUCCUGGCAUGACAUCAGUGAAAUGCUGCUGUGUCGUUUAACUCGGACUUUUAUUUCAUUUAAAAUAAUUCAUACAAAUGCAUACAGUCACAAACAUUUCUUUUUGGAUUCUGUUUAACAAAAAAUAUUCAUAUCUCAUAGUAUAUAUAGUAUGUAUAUUGCUAGCCUACCACUUUACCAGGAAGGAAUCUAUGUAGGCGAUGGAGAGCUGCAACGAUCCCGGCAUCCUCGAAAAACACGAAACAAUCAAGUCGCACACAAACAGGCAAGCAUUAAGCCAGCUUAGCACAAGACAAAGACAUUUUUUUCCUUUUUGUUCAAAAACUGAACAUUUUCUGUUUUCUUUUUAACCCUUAACACAUAAAGUAAUACAUGCUCCGAAAAUAAAAAUAAAACAUACUGUGUGUAGUUCUUUAAGUACUGCACUGAAUUUAGACUACAAAAGACAAAUGGGUACAAAAAACAAUGCACUAUGUGGUUUAAUUUAAAAGGAAGGUGGGGGGGGGGGGUAAAUUUUCCUGAGAGGGUGUGCAAAUCCCGCCUCUUUUGGUGCUUUUAAAAUCAAAGGAGCGAAACGAAUAUGCUUUUUGUUAUCGUAUCGUAUCGUAUCGUAAUCAGGUGGUAAAAUGCCUGCCUUAAUGACGUUUCUAUUUUUUUUUUCUGGUCUACAAACCACUGAUCAUGUCCUUAAAACUGUACACAAACAGGUAACAUUCAUGUAAUAGCUACUGUUGUUUUAACAAUGAAACCCAUUAGACGGACAAAAUAACAGAUAAAAGAUCGCCCACUGCACUUGGACAGACUACAAUCUAAAACAGCAGGGUUUUGCAUCAGGGAGAAGUUUCAAAUCCACAAGACUUUCUCUUUUUUUGUUGUUGUUUUUUUUCCCACUGGUUACUUCAAAGAGCGCAGUCCUCUACCUUCAGUCAAGCGUUGGCUUCUUCAGAGUCGUGGGUGUUUUUAGUGGCUGGUUUUGGUGUCCGCUCCUCUUCUUUGGGGUAAAGAAGGACCAGGAGAGUUCUAUAGUGGUACGGAGAGCUUUUAAAGAGGGGGCUACAACUGUUCGUUGGGGUGCUGCUCUCUAUCGGGUUCGGCUUUGCCGGUUUGGCCGGGUGACGGGGCGUGCGAAGGGUGGGCCGCGGUGGGGAGGCUGUGGGUGAUGGGUACGGUGCUUGGCAUGAUGCCCUCCACUGGAGGAGGCAGACCCCCUGAAGCUAGGCUCACGACGCUUGGGGGGUACCUGAGGAAGAGGAAUAAUAUUAAACAGCAGUGUCAGCAACACCUGGAACAGUCUCUGUUGAACUAAAAUCUUACUGCAUUAUGGUGGAUUAAAAAAUGGAUGGUUAAUUCCACCUCUACAAUCUGAUUGGAUGAGCCACGUUUAAAUGUAACACCACACGUAUGAUGUGAUGCAUCGUAUUGUACAAUCUCCAUUAAAAAAAGUUUGGGGUCAGCAUAUAUAUAUAUUUUUAGAGAAAUUAAUACUUUUAUUUAUCAAGGAUGCAUUAAUUGAUCGACAGUCACAGUAUAGACAUAUUGAAUGUUAUAAAAAAUACCAUUUAAUUCAUAUAAAUGCUUUUGAAAUUCCUUUUUAUUAAGGAAUCCUGAAAAUCAGCUUUGCCAUCACAGGAAUACAUUUUAUUUUAAAACAUAUUAAAAAGAGAAGUUAUUUAUUAACUGUAAGUUUAAUACGUCACAAUUGAAAUGCUUUUACAGUGUUUUUGAUUAAAUAAAUGCAGCCUUGGUGAGCACCAGACUUCUUUCAAAAACAUUUAUAAUUUUAUAAAUUAACAUCAUAAAGUUAAGCUAAUGAACUAUCAAGUAACUACAUUACUUAACCUUACUAUAUUAUUAAAAAAUCUUUUAUUGUAAAUACAUUUUUAUUGAAAAUGAAUAUUUUAUAAUAUUGCUAAUAUAUAAAAGCAGUAAGCAGCAUGAUGCUGUAUGGUGUAUUGAAAUUAAAAUUUCAAUAGUGACUAUACACAGUUUAAUCCAGUUAUCUAGUCAGUUCUUUUCAAUAAAUCAGUCGAAAAGAUUCACAUAUCGAAUCAUUCAUUAGUGAAUCAGUCUUAAUCAAAACUAUUUCAAAAAAUCUUAUCCAGCAAUCAUAAACAACUGAAAAGGUCACAGAAAUGGAUGUCAAAAAAAAAUCCAUUACAUGCCCUGUGUCAGUUUCAAUAAAUCUGUUUUCAGUUGUUGUUGUUUUUUUAAAUCAUAAAAUAUGUGCAUAUGAGCAA